AUGGCGCCCGCCCCGCACUACGCCCCGGCACCGCCGCAGGAGCCUGCGUCCCCCCCGGAGGCCCCCGUCAAGCUGCAGCGGGAGAUCUCACUGCUCAGCGGCAUCUGCCUCAUCGUGGGCAACAUGAUUGGGUCGGGCAUCUUCGUGUCGCCCAAGGGCGUCCUGCUGCACAGCGCCUCCUACGGGCUAGCGCUGGCAGUGUGGGCCGUGGGCGGCCUCUUCUCCGUCUUCGGGGCGCUGUGCUACGCCGAGCUGGGCACCACCGUCACCAAGUCGGGGGCCAGCUACGCCUACAUCCUGGAGGCCUUCGGGGGGCUGGCGGCCUUCGUCCGCCUCUGGGCCUCCCUCCUCAUCAUCGAGCCCACCAGCCAGGCCGUCAUUGCCCUCACCUUCGCCAGCUACAUGGUGCAGCCCGUCUUCCCCAGCUGCCCGGGGCCCUAUGCUGCCCACCGCCUGCUGGCCGCCGUCUGCAUCUGUCUCCUGACAUUCGUUAAUUGCGCCUACGUGAAAUGGGGGACGCGCGUCCAGGACGUCUCCACCUACGCCAAGCUGCUGGCGCUGCUGGCCGUCAUCAUCGCUGGCAUCGUCCGCCUGGCGCAGGGACACUCCGAGCACUUCGCUGACCCCUUCGCGGGCUCCUCGCUGGCCGUGGGGGACCUGGCCCUGGCCCUGUACUCAGCCCUCUUCUCCUACUCUGGAUGGGACACCCUCAACUUCGUCACCGAGGAGAUCAAGAACCCCCGCAGGAACCUGCCGCUGGCCAUCGCGGUCUCCAUGCCGGUGGUGACGGCCAUUUACCUGCUGACCAACGUGGCCUAUUACACGGUGCUGGCGCCCGCCGAGCUGCUGGCCAGCGACGCCGUGGCCGUGAGCUUCGCCGACCGCGUCUUCGGCGUCUUCAACUGGACCAUCCCCCUGGCCGUGGCCCUGUCCUGCUUCGGGGGGCUGAACGCCUCCAUCCUCGCCGCCUCCAGGCUGUUUUUCGUGGGCUCGCGGGAGGGGCACCUGCCCGACGCCCUCUGCAUGAUCCACGUGGAGCGAUUCACCCCCGUGCCAGCCCUGCUCUUCAACGGGGCGAUGGCUUUGGUCUAUCUCUGCGUGGAGGACAUCUUCCAGCUCAUCAACUACUACAGCUUCAGCUACUGGUUCUUCGUGGGCCUGUCCAUCGCUGGGCAGCUCUACCUGCGCUGGAAAGAGCCCGACAGGCCCCGCCCACUCAAAUUGAGCAUCGUCUUCCCGCUGUUUUUCUGCCUCUGCACCGUGUUCCUCGUGGCCGUCCCGCUCUACACCGACCCCCUCAACUCGCUCAUCGGCAUCGGCAUCGCGCUCUCGGGACUGCCUGUCUACUUCCUGCUGGUGCGCGGCCCGGACACCCGCCGGCCCCGCUGGCUGCGGGCGGCCGUGGCUGGCGUGUCCCGCCACAUCCAGGUGCUGUGCCGGGCUGUGGUGACGGAGCUGGACCCUGAUGACGCUCGCCCCAAAUCCCAGUGACGGAGCCAAGGGGGAGGGGGCGCCUCUCCUCCCCCGCAGACCCACACCUCCCCUUUUAUUUAUUGGCCCCCUCGGCCCCGGUGUCGGGGCACCACCGGCCCCCCCUUGCCCCAGAAGCAGCUGCUACCAAUAAACCAGCAUCACUCCAGUCACA